AAUUUGUCAUUUUCGAAAAAAUAUUAUGCAAAAUCUUCAAAACCCAAUUCUCACAUUCUUCAUCACCUUCCCAAGCCGGAUCACCAGCAAGCCACAAAUUCACUAGCCUCCGGCGACGAAACUAGUGGUUUUUACCCACAUAACCAUAAUCGAAGCAGGCUUUGAGAAUGAGGAAGGCGACGGGGUAUGGAGAGUGAUCGGCGAAGAGGCAGAGUGGUUUCCUCUCUCUCUCUCUCUCUCUCUCUCACUUACCCUUUUUGGGAAUUUAUAGUGCAACACUCCCCUCACACUCACACUCACACUCACACCCUCAAUUCUUUCUGCUUUUGUUGAAACGGAAUCAAUGGAUUCACUUCCAAACUCCUUCAAUCCCAACAAGCGCCUUAAAGAAGAAUUCGUGACCAAUUUGACUGGGUCUUCCAUGCUCGAAGUCUCUGCCCUUUUAACUAUAGUCUCUAUUCUCGUUAUUCUUCGCCACUCAUUUUCCUCCAAUCGCCUUUUCGUAGACACGUCAUUGAAGAAAAAUGAUAAUGAAAUCCUUGGUUCUAAGGAUUGGAGGGCUUACAUGGCUACAAUGGCUGUUGAUUUUCUUGUCCUUGUUCUCCCUAACAUCUUAUUUUUCACUGUUCUUGCUGAUUGGACAUAUUUAUGGGCAAUUUUGCUGAUCAUCGUACUGUUUUUUAUUAUUGCAUUGAAAAGAUCUGAUUUUCCUUCUCCUUCUUUCGAAAGAAGGGUCCAUUAUACUAAGGAGUUUAUCUCAUCAUACAGGGUUUCUAUGAUGAUUUUAACAUGCUUGUGUAUCUUGGCUGUUGACUUCAGAAUAUUUCCUAGAAAGUAUGCUAAGACUGAGACUUACGGUACUAGUUUGAUGGAUAUUGGAGUUGGCAGUUUUGUACUGGUAAAUUCAUUAGUUUCACGACAAGCACGAAAUGUCUCAUCUGUGAGGUGGAAGACUGCACUUCAAUCUACUAGUCCACUAAUCAUUCUAGGACUUGUUCGUCUUAUUUCUACGGCAGGUGUGGACUAUCAGGUCCAUGUUGGAGAAUAUGGUGUGCACUGGAAUUUUUUUUUCACACUUGCUGCCACAUCGAUCCUUACAUCCAUAAUUAAUGUUCCCCCACGAUAUUCGGGAAUGCUUGGUUCAUUAGUUCUAGUAGGUUACCAAAUUUGCUUGAUGCGUGGGUUGAAUUUAUAUCUACUUUCUAAUGAAAGGGGAAUGGAUAUCAUCAGCCAGAACAAGGAGGGAAUUUUUAGCAUAUUUGGAUAUUGGGGUAUGUACCUUCUUGGUGUCCAGUUGGGCAACUAUCUAUUUUUCGGAAAUAAUUCAUCUGCUUUCUUGAGAAGCAACAGAUGGGCAGGGAUAAGAGCCUUGAUUCUUUCUAUUCUGUUCUGGAUAAUAACUGUUCUUCUUGACAGACAUGUUGAAAGAGUUUCCCGUAGAAUGUGCAACCUGACAUAUGUUACCAUGGUCUUGGCUUUGAACUUGCAGGUGCUGGCAAUACUAAUGCUUUCUGAUUACAUUCCUGGAAGUAAAACUUCAGUACUUGAAGAAGCAUUUAACCGUAACUUACUGGGUGCAUUUCUUCUGGCUAAUGUGCUCACAGGGCUGGUAAACUUGUCUGUGGAUACCUUGUCUGCAGCAUCUGUCACAGCCCUUUUUGUCUUGGUUGUCUAUGCCUCUACUUUAUCAACUGUUGUUGGAAUUGCGGAUUUUUGUGGCAUUAGGCUAAAAUUUUGGUAGGUUUUAACUAAAAUCUGUAGUGUAAUUCUUUUUUCUUUUUCUGGUUCAAGCUAUUCAUUGAAAUAAUCAAAAUUCUUAAUGUAGAUCCAUGCGCUUGAUAACAAAUAUUGAAACU